AUGUCUGGCUAUGACUAUCUCGAUGACUGUCAUGCUCUCGAAGUGCCUCCUUUUCAUUAUGGAGGAAGUUUGUGUAAAGGCCGGCUGGAAUGCAUUGGCAAUGAGCCCCCCGAGUCUUAUCCUAAAUACAAUGUUGAGCCGCCGAAUUCAACGAUCAACUUCGACUGUGAAUCCGAUUCUGAUUCUGGCAAUCCCGCCAUACCUAACUCUACCCAAUCUAACUCCAACUCCUUUGUCGACGAUUUGGUUGCCAACUUCGACUCCGCCGGCUUCACCAUGGAAGGCUCACCAAUUAUCCAAACUUUCUUGUCUGAGAGGGAAACGCUCGGAUUAUAUCGCUUCAACGGCCCAUUCCUUGUACUGGAAUUUGGGGACAUAAAUGGUGUUGUCCAGUCAACCUACAUGAUUCCGGACCUCUUCAAGAUCAAACAUAGUCAUCGCUUGAUGGUUAGUCUGAUUUCAGCGCAGUCUCGGCAAUUUAUUGCCCAACAGCAGCUUCGACAUCUACCUCCCGGCACAACUGUGGAUGAUGCGGCUAAAUUACAGCAAGAUGUGGUGAAUCUGAUGUUGGCGAGGGCGAGGGUGGAGGUGGAGUUCCUUCUUCCCCACGCAACAGGCUCCCAUACCACAGUCUGACUUGUUGUCUGACUUAUCAUCCUUAGCCACUGGCUGACCCAUUGUCGCCAUCAGAGAAACCGCGGGGACGCCCAGUGAAUGAGUUUUAGAUGUUUGCCCGAUUUCAGCCUUAAUCGCAUUCUCAUG